GGGUGGGAGGGGUGCGAGCAGGGUGUCGAUCGCCACUUUGAUCAGCAGGUCACUGAGACCCCAGGGAAGGAAUCUCCCGAGGGUCGUACCUGCCUCUGUUUACCCCACAGCAUUGCCAGCGAGCGUGUCUGUCCCGGCGAACCCCCGGCAGCGUCUUAGAAAGGCCGUUCUGCCCCGCGAGGGAAACAGAGCCGUUGACCAUGGUUGCAACUGGCAGUUUGAGCAGUAAGAACCCGGCCAGCAUUUCAGAGUUGCUGGACCGUGGCUAUCACCCCGGGAGCCUGCUAAGUGAUUUUGACUACUGGGAUUAUGUUGUUCCUGAACCUAACCUCAAUGAGAUAAUAUUUGAGGAGACAACUUGCCAGAAUUUGAUCAAAAUGCUGGAGAACUGUCUGUCCAAAUCUAAGCAAACCAAACUUGGAUGCUCAAAGGUCCUUGUCCCUGAGAAACUGACCCAGAGAAUUGCUCAGGAUGUCCUGCGGCUGUCCUCCACUGAGCCUUGUGGCCUACGAGGUUGUGUUAUGCACGUGAACUUGGAAAUUGAAAAUGUAUGUAAAAAGCUGGAUAGGAUUGUGUGUGAUUCUAGCGUGGUGCCUACUUUUGAGCUUACACUUGUGUUCAAGCAGGAGAACUGCUCGUGGACUAGUUUCAGGGACUUUUUCUUUAGUAGAGGUCGCUUCUCAUCCGGCCUCAGGAGAACUCUAAUCCUCAGCUCAGGAUUUCGACUUGUUAAGAAAAAACUUUACUCACUAAUUGGAACAACAGUCAUUGAAGAGUGCUAAAAAGAAAAAAAAAGGAUUCUUUUAUGAUUAGGUAAUAAAACUAUGCAGCUACUCAGUUAAAGUCAUUUGUAGUUUUCCCCACCUACUCUGUAUAAGAAAACCCCCUAGUGUAGUCCAUCUUAUGUUUCCCAUUCAUGGCAACGAAAGGGCUGAUUUUGUGUGGUCUUUGGAGAAAUGACCCAGGAGAGUGUACACUGUCUGCAUAUAUCACAUUUUUUACCGAGUAUAAUGGGAUGGAAUAAGGAAAGAAAAGAAGCCAUCCCCUUCAGUUUUAUAUUUGAUUCCAUGUCUUUUUCCAGGUAGUCUAUUAGCAAAUAAACUAUACAAAUCAGAUUUGCCUACUCUGAUUUUCAUAUAGCUUUAUUUGUUUUCCUGGAAGUUCUCAAAGUGAUUCUUUUGAUCACAGACUCUACUAAAUGAUGCUUAGCUCAUCAAAAACUUCCAGAAACUCACACCACUAGUUCCCUACUCAAAUUUGAAGGGUUCUGAGACAGAAGGGUAGAAUUAAGUGGGUGAGCUUACUUAAAACUUAACCCCAGGUAGGGGUGAAGGAGAAAUUUCACAGUGGCACAAGGACUACUUCACUGCCUCUUUGUGUCCUCCAACUCUUUUUUAAAGCAGGGACAUAAGCUUGAGCUGGCCUUUUAGAUACCACAGUAUUGUUUUAGAUGACUUUAUGGUACAAUGUAAGCCCAGUUUUCUUAUUUCUCAAUUAUCAAAUAUUAUCUUUAAACUAGAAAAAUGGAAAAUGUUGAAUGGAUUUUUUUUUUUUUGCAUGUAGUUGAUGAUUCUUCCAUUGAGUGAAUGAUGAACGCCUAGAAGGAUGGAAAAGAAGAUCAUAGGUUGAGUCCCUUUCUGAUCUAUUUGGCAAUCUGGCUUCUUUUCAAUAUCAUAUAAAUUCAAUCUCAGAUGAACCUUCUUACCAUGUCAGUUGUUAUCUCAUUUCCUGCCUUUUCUGGGUAAAUAUCUGAGAUAUGUAGGUAUCUCUCCUUAAUGCUAGUCUUCAAGGUGAUAGUUCCACACUAUCUCUUAAAAUUAUAGAGAUGGGUAUUAAAGUCUGGAGAUCUGGUUUAUAGCACAGACUAGACAAGGAAAAUCACACUCCAGAUAAGCAGUACAUGCACCCAGCUUUCUUCCGCCUUGGAUACCUGUCUCUAGGGAAUAAUAAAGAACUUAUGUUGUGUCUUAUUCCAAGUAACUAAAUCAUUAUGUUUCCUUUUUAUGUUAAUAAGAGAAUUUGGCCUCCAUAACAAUGUUGAAAUCAGAAAGUCCUUCAUGUUCUUGCUGUGGGUCAUGGAUGAAGAGCUUAUUCAGGUUUUCUGCCCAAGCUAUUAGCACUGCAAUACAUCCAGACCAGGGUUACAGGGACAGAUGUAUUCAUCCUGGUGUUACUAAAAGACAGGUGUGAUCCUGUUACUGAUACUAGAAGUGACCUAAAAUGUCACCGUUCAAAUUAGCAAGUGUUUUAACAAACUAAAUUCUUCAAAUGCUUGGAAAGAUACCUCAAAGCCAGUCAUAGAACUGGGCCAGGGUAAAUCAAUGUUUUGCAUGUCUCAUUCAGGGCUCUAAAGGUCACCCUGUUUCUGCCACUGUUGAGGGUCAUCACCACUGAUGGCUAGGCUUCUUGUGCAUGGAUAUAGAACUGUUGUCCUUUUGCUACUAACAGUUGUCUUUGACUCUCUUUCUUGCCUGUUGUACUUACAAAAUGGUGAUGCCUUAUACACAUAGAGACUCUUAUUAAAUUAAUAUUCAUUCCUGUUAAAGGAAAUUAAAGUUUGUCUUUUUUGACAAUAAAUUAUCGUAUGUUUUUAAUAGUCUUGUCUUUUUUUCUGAAUUUAUACAGUGAUAUUUUGAUAUAUUUAACAACAUUUGGGGGAGAUGACAAUUAUUCCCUUUUCAAUAAAGUCAAUUUGUACCCUUAA